CCCCCCUUUCCCUGUGACACAUACGCUAGACGUUGCAUUGAUUGUGCAUAGAGAACCUCACCCUCUUCUACCACCUCAGUCUCGAAUGGAGAAGGAGAGAAUUGGAGUGCUUCUGUUCUUUCUGAUGCCCUUUCAGCCGGUCCUGUCUCCAGUGAAGACCUGCUCUCAUCAUGUCCCAGCUCCUGCAUGUGGAGAUCCCCAACUUUGGCAGCUCUGUGCUGGAGAGUCUGAACGAGCAGCGCCUGCAGGGCCAGUACUGUGAUGUGGCCGUCAUGGUCAAUGGCCAGUCCUUUAAGGCCCACCGCGCCGUGCUGGCCGCCAGCAGCCUCUACUUCAGAGACCUGUUCAGCGGCAGCUCUCAGGGCAUGUUUGAACUACCCUCCUCGGUCACCCCGUCCUGCUUCCAGCAGAUCCUUUCCUUCUGCUACACGGGCAGGCUGACCAUGGCUGCCAGCGAACAGCUCGUGCUCAUGUACACGGCCGGCUACCUCCAGAUCCAGAACAUUGUGGAGCGCAGGAUGAAUCUCAUGCUAAAGGCCAACUCUCCACACUGCGAUUCCCAGACUGCCACCACCGAGGAUCUGGGCUUCGAACCGUCAAGCCCCAACUACAGCCAUCCGGCCCUGUUGCCAGGCGACACACUAAUGGCCACUUGUAGGAUUAAGCAGGAAAGAUGUGAGUCCCCAAUGAGUGAGGAGCACACAGCAAAGGGCCUCAAGGGCUACGCCACGAGGAGCAGUGCUCAAUGUUACAUGAGGGCAGGAGGGAGUGGUAUUGUACCCGGAGUACAGUCGUACCCUAUGGCCUCUGGGGAGCGCUCUAGCCCAGGGGCCUCCAGCCUCCCAGCCACUGACAGCCCCAGUUCCCACCCCAACGAGGAGGAGUUUGAAGAGGAGUUCUACGGCAGCAGCAAUACAAACGGGGUUUAUGGGCAGAAUUAUGGGCACCCAACCAACUCCUACAGCAUGCAGGAUAAGUUGGACGUGUUGUCCCUACCUCUGGCCACUGAGAGGCGCUGUGUGCUGAUCGGCAGGGACACGAUGGCGCUGCCACCCAGUCUCAUCAGCCAGAUUGGCUACCGCUGCCACCCCACCCUGUACACAGAAGGGGAUCCCGGGGAGAAGGUGGAGCUGGUGGGAGGUUCUGGUGUAUAUAUGACUCGUGGCCAGUUGAUGAACUGUCAUUUGUGUGCUGGCAUUAAGCACAAAGUGCUGCUGCGUCGGCUGCUCGCCACCUUCUUUGACAGAAACACACUGGCCAAUAGCUGUGGAACUGGAAUUCGCUCCUCCACCAAUGAUCCCAGUCGAAAACCGUUGGACAACCGAGUCCUAAACACUGUCAAACUCUACUGUCAGAACUUUGCACCUAAUUUCAAAGAGAGUGAGAUGAACGUGAUUGCAGCCGACAUGUGCACAAACGCACGGCGUGUGCGAAAGCGCUGGCUGCCCAAGAUCCAGUCCAUGCUCCCGGAGACCAAGGAGAGCAGCAGAAGCUCCUGCAAGGGGCAGUCCAGGGCCUGUGCGUCAUCCCAGACAAGUGUGCUGUCGUCGGCCUUGCCCUUUGAAAUGGACUUCAGACACCUGACGUCGUCCUACCUGACCCUAGAACAGCAGCUCUACGCCGAGAGCCGCAAAGAGACUCUCCUACCUCACCUGCAGUUUGUGGGAUCCACCAGGUCAGAGGAGGGGGCUGCAGCAGCAGAGCUGGCUGAGUCCGAGACAGAGCAUGGGCCUGAGCGAGGAGAACGAGGAGCCCAGGCAGGCCAAGGAACUGAACGCCUCUCUGAGUGCUUGGAGAGAGCAGCUGAGGUCCCCUCCCUCAGCACACAGGGUAAGGCUGGGGCCGGGGGCUCCCCCUCCUCCAAACACACAGGACAGCAGGAGGACAAGUUGCUAGGAGAUGACCAGUGAGCUCCUAACAUCCCUCUUCUCAACCAAUCUAUAUAUAUCUAUGUAUGUGUAUUUAAGCUUUGGCUACUCUACUGCAUGUAACAUCGCAGAAAUUGCAGUUCAGACAUGCACUUAAAAGAAAUCUGAUGAAAAAUGAAAUGCAGUAUAAUAAUUCCCUGAAGAAGAAGAGAAGAAUGCUACUACUGUGGCACCUGAUGGACUCGCUGAUAGAUAAGGUGGGUGAACAGACAUGGGGUGAAUGAGGAAAACCGUUGAGUUUUUAGUUGUCGUCUGUAGUUUGUACUCUUGUAAAGCCUACAAGACCAGAGGUCUAGGGUUGGCUUUUAUGUGCAUUUACCCUCUACUACACCACUGGUCAUAAUGUACGGCUCACUACUUCUACCAAAAGUUCGGUACCACUUUAUUUUACAGUACAGAAAUUACCUGGUAUUUUACAUAGAAAUUGCAUUGUAAAAUGGUAAAUAAAUUCUAAUAACCUAUAACCUACAUUUGUUUAUUUCAGGCUCAAUGCAAGUAGCACCACUCAGCACCAUUUGGUACCAAGUAGUUAACAAUAGUUUAAAGGUCUUUGAAGUAAGUAGCAGAAAGUACCCAUUAAUACCUCACAAUUUCCUAGAAAAUACCAAGUCAUUUCUGUUCCUUAAAAUAAUGUGCUACCAACGCUUCUUCAUUGAUUUCUGUUUUCUAAUUGUUCUGCUUCCACCUAAUUACCUCUGAUGUGACAUUAUGUUAAUCUAUAUAAUCAACUGUUGGCACUGAAUAAGACAAACAUUACCAAUAACAACAUGGGGAGGCCACACAAUAUUGCUUCUAUAUUCCUUUAUUUUAAUCAGCUUCAAACUGUCGGUCCACUGAGAUGCAUUGAAGGUAUAGCCCCAGUGAGAUUGAUCUGUUCUUUACCUUAUAUCCAGUACUGUUUUGAUAUUACUGAUUGGAAUAUGUUGAAAGAUUCAUCCACCCAGGACUCAUCCAUCAACAUUGAGGAAUAUACACCAUCAAUCACAGGCUUCAUUAGGAAAUGUGUUGAUAUUGUUCCCACAAUAGCAAUCCGGACAUGCCCCAACUAAAAACCCUGGAUCAACAGAGAUAUCCGUACCAUGCUCAGAGCCCAUACUGCAGCAUUCAAUGUCAGCAGAACGGACCCUGAUGACUCGGUGGGGCGCGAUGCGUACAAGCAAGCAGUUACGAGCUCCUCAAAUCCAUUAGUGACGCAAAAAGACAUUACAGACUCAAACUUUAAUUGAUGUUUGACAACUUAGACUCGCGACACGUGGCAAGGACUACAGACUAUCACGGACUACAAAGGCAAAUCUAGCUGUGUGAUGCCCACCGAAGCCUCCCUCCCAGAUGAGCUUAACACAUUCUAUGGUCGCUUCGAGGCAAACAAUACCGAGCAAUCCAGGAAGACACUCGCUGCUCCGGACAACCAAGUGCUUUCACUCUGAGGCUGACGUGAAGAAAACUCUCAAAAGAGUGAAAACUCACAAAAUCGCCAGACCAGUUGGCAUCCCUGGCCGCAUUCUCAGAGUGUGUGCUGACCAGCUGGUGAGCGUCUUCUCAGACAUCUUCAACCUGUCUCUGGCUGUAGUCCUCACCUGCUUCGAGGAGACUACCAUUGUCCCAGUGCCCAAUAAAAACAAGGUGACAUUCCCAAAUGACUACCGACCAGUCUCACUCACCCCAGUCAUCAUGAAGUGCCUCGAGAGGCUGGUCAUGGCCCACAUCAAGGCCAUCAUGCCAGGCACACUGGACCCACGCCAAUUUGCCUACCGCUCCAACAGAUCCACGGAAGAUCCCAUUUCCAUCGCUAUUCACACAGCCCUAACACAUCUGGACAAGAAGAACACCUAUGUGAGAAUCCUGUUCAUUGACUACAGUUCAGCAUUCAAAACUAUUGUUCCCUCCAAGCUUGACACCAAGCUCAGAGCACUGGGUCUGGACAGCACCAUCUGCAACUGGGUCCUGGAUUUCCUGGCGGGCAGACCACAGGCACAACACCUCUUCUAUACUAACUCUUAACACAGGGGACCCUCAGGGGUAUCUCCUCAGCCAUCUGCUGUACUUCCUAUUCACCCAUGACUGCGUGGCUUUGCAUGACACCAACUCCAUCAAGUUUGCUCACGACACCACAAUUGUAGGCCUGGUAACCAACAAUGACGAGUCAGUCUAUAGGGAGGUUGUGAAGUGAACCGGCAUUGUGGUGCCAGGACAACAGCAGCUAGAAUUUUUCCGUCCACAAUUCAACUGUGGGAGCAUGGCGGCUCUCAACACCAGGCAACAAAAGAGCUGGCCACUACUAUACGAGAGAUUGUUUGUGAGGAGAUUACCUCUGCCCUCGUCUUACAAUUAAAACUGAUAAUUUAAUCAUUGGCUGUGCUCACUGCUAAAGUGGAUACCUAUUCUAAAAUGGAAAGCCUGGAGAAGACAAGCAAUGCGACAGAGGUGUGACUCCAUGACCUGGAAACAGCGCAAGCUAAGUUGGAAGGGAUAAUCAAAUUCCUGUAAAUUCAAUGUGCAGGUCACAGGACUUGAAACUGGUGUGGAAGCGGGCAACUCAACUUCCUUCAUGAGCAAUCUUUUCUAUGAACUGUUCGGGCAGGAGGUCCUAUGUCGCCGAUUAACAGUGAGCACUGCAACGGUCAACUCCAACUGCUCUCACUGUAUGAUUGUACGGAUCCACAGCUUUGAAGUCAAGCGGCGAAUUGUUCACCUUGUAGUGUAAUCUGGGGGUUUGACUAUGCAGGGAAGAGGAUCAGCAUCUACCCAGACCUGAGUGCCAAAAUGCUAAAACACAGGGAAACCUACAACAAGGUGAGAUACCAGCUACGCAAGCUAAACCUGAUAUUCGGCUUCAUCCACUCGACAAAACUCAUCUUGACCUCCAGAACACCACACACAUGUUUUCCACUGCCAAGGAAGCUCAAGACUUCUUCAAGAAGCACAUCAAACCCAACACACAACGGGACAAGCCAACAGAAGGAACCUCAUGACUGGCACAUUUUUUAAGGUAUGCUAUCCAUGCACAAUCACACGGCCUAGCCUAUGGCUGUGAUGCUGCCCUCAGCAUAAGACAAUGAUGACACCCCCUAAUGUUUGAGUACAAGGAACAAUAAUAAUAUUAUUGCUGAGCAUUAAACUUGUUAUAAGUAUAUUGCCUAUGGUCCUGGACAUUUACACAGUAAUGGCACCACACCAAUUAAUGGACAAUGGACAAUAUAUGGAGGUUUACACAUACUGGAACUGCUUUCUUGUGGCUACAGUGUAUUGAAUCCAUUUGGGCAGAAUAUGGCAAAUAACAGUAUAUAUACAAAAGUAUGUGGACACCACUUCAAAUUAGUGGAUUCAGCUAUUUCAACCAUACCCGUUGCUGACAGGUGUAUAAAAUCUCCAUAGACAAAUCUCCAUCGACAAACAUUGGCAGUGGAAUGGCCUUACUGAAGAGCUCAGUGACUUUCAACGUGGCACUGUCAUAGGAUGCCACCUUUCCAACAAGUCAGUUUGUCAAAUUUCUGCCCUGCUAGAGCUGUUCCGGUCAACUGUAAGUGCUGUUAUUGUGAAGUGGAAACUUCUAGGAGCGUCAACGGCUCAGCCGCAAAGUGGUAGGCCACACAAGCUUACAGAACGAGACCGCACACAACCGUAAGAUCACCAUACGCAUGCCAAGCUUCGGCCGGGGUGGUGUAAAACUCGCUGCCAUUGGACUAUGGAGCAGUGGAAACGCGUUCUCUGGAGUGAUGAAUCACGCGUCACCAUCUGGCAGUCCGCCGGACAAAUCUGGGUUUGGCGGGAGCCAGGAGAACACUACCAGCCCGAAUGCAUAGUGCCAACUAUAAAGUUUAGUGGAUAAGGAAUAAUGGUCUGGGGCUGUUUUCAUGGUUUGGGUUAGGCCCCUUAGUUCCAGUGAAAGGAAAUUUUAACACUAUAGCUUACAAUGACAUGCGAGAUGGUUCUGUACUUCCGACUUUGUGACAAAAGUUUGGGGAAGGCCCUUUCCGGUUUCAGCAUGACAAUGCCCUUGUGCACAAAGCAAAGUCCAUUAAGAAAUGGUUUGUUGAGAUCGGUGUGGAAGAUCUUGACUGGCUUGCAAAGAGCCCUGACCUCAACCCCAUCGAACACCUUUGGGAUGAAUUUGAACACCGACUGCGAGCCAGGCCUAAUCGCAUAACAUCAGUGCCCGACCUCACUAAUGAUCUUGUAGCUGAAUGGAAGCAAGUCCCCGCAGCAAUGUUCCAACAUCCAACAUCCAUAUUAAUACCCAUGAUUUUGGAAUGAGAUGUUCGACGAACAGGUGUCCACAUACUUUAGGUCAAGUAGUUUAAGUUAGUAGCUAUUCCCCUACUAUUUCAUGUUUAAUUUUGUAUAGAUGUUUUGCUACUGCCAAGGAGAGAUGGCCAGUCCAAUAUUGGCUACUACUACACAAUAGAUUUUUUGGUUUUGCUUGUUUUCCUUCUUGUUGAUUCCUUUUCCCCUCUAUUUAGGCACUAAAUGUAUCUCCCAGGGAGGACUUUCCCUACAGACAAUGAUUAAUUAUUAUAUACAGUAACAUCUAGAGUAUAGACUUCACUUUUUUGCACAUACCCUCUUAUUUGUUUUGUACAUAGUACAGAGCACUUAAAGGAGGGCAAAUGUAUGUUUAAAGUCAUUCAAAGCAUAUUGAUAAUAAUUUAUGCAUAUAAUGGAUUAAGAUCUAUUGCUCCUCCUAUUGUUGACUGUUUCGGCAUUAGACUUGCAUAUCUGUCCUCUUUUUGUUUUCAUUUUCUUUAUUUUUUCUUCCUUCCCCACCCUUUCUCAUCAAGUCUGCUAACUUAACUGUAAAGGUCUAAAUUCGUUGCUUAUUUGAUGUUUUACUUAACAAUAAUAAGUUGCUUAAGAGAUUCAUGUGUAAUGUGUAAGGCUGCCAAUCGCAAUUACGCUGCAACCCUGUAAGUAUAGUGCAGGGCGGGGGGAACAGGAGAAUGAGGGCUGGGAGCUACAUAGGAAGGGGGGGGCUGAGGAAGCGGGGGCAGGGAAGUGGGAACGGUUUAUAGAGACCUAGUGGGUCGUGCUUUUUACUUUACAUCCAUGAUCUUAUCAACACUAAGGAUAACAAUUACAUUUUAGAAAAACAAUGGCAACACUAGCUAUUGUCUUAUGGAAUCUGAAAGGCUUUAAUAAUCCUAUCAAACAUUCCAGCUGUCUUGAUAUUCAAGCAAGAAACCAUAUUGAUAUAGCAAUGCUCCAAGAUACACACUUGCUCCAAAAGGACACACAUAGAAUAGAGAACCAUUUUGUACAAACUGGCUGCUUUUUAAAAAGCCCCAAACAAAACUAAGGGUGUUAUCAUAAUGAUGCAUAAGAAUCUCAAAAUCACAGUAUCCCUGGUGAAGGCGAAGACCAAGAAGGCAGAAUCACUUUCCUUAAAUGUAUCCGUAAUGGAAAGAAAAUUGCCUUUAUCAAUGUGUAUGCUCCAAAUUCAUAUGAUACCACUUUUUUUUUAAAUUCUUUGACCAGCAUAUUGUUAGAAUUGACUGAAUUCCAACUGGUUAUUCGCACAGACAUGAAUGUCUUUUUGGACAUGCAGGACAAAUCUAAUGAGACCAACAUACUCUCCAACAUACAGUGCAUUCGGAAAGUAUUCAGACCCCUUGACUUUUCCACAUUUUGUUACGUUACAGCCUUGUUCUGAAAUUAAUUAAAAAAAUGUUUCCCUCAUCAAUCUGCACACAAUACCCCAUAAUGACAAAGCAAAAGCAGGUUCAGACAUUUUUGCAAAUGGAUAAAAAAAACUGAAAUAUUAAAUUUACAUAAAUAUUCAGACCCUUUACUCAGUACUUUGUUGAAGCACUCUUGGCAGCGAUUACAGCCUCGAGUCUUCUUUGGUAUGAUGCUACAAGCUUGGCACACCUGUACUUGGGGAGUUUCUCCCAUUCUUCUCUGCAAAUCCUCUCAAGCUCUGUCAGGUUGGAUGGGUACCGUCGCUGCACAGCUAUUUUCAGGUCUCUCCAGAGAUGUUCGAUCAGGUUCAAGUCUGGGCUCUGGCUGGGACACUCGAGGACAUUCAGAAACUUGUCCCAAUGCCACUGCUGCAUUGUCUUGGCUGUGUGAUUAGGGUCAUUGUCCUGUUGGAGGGUGAACCUUCACCCUAUUUUGAGGUCCCGAGAGCUCUGGAGCAUGCUUUCAUCAAGGAUUUCUUUGUACUUUGCUCUGUUUAUCUUUCCUUCCAUCCUGACUAGUCUCCCUUUCCCUGCCACUGAAAAACAUCCCCACAGCAUGAUGCUGCCACCACCAUGCUUCACCGUAGGGAUGGUGCCAGGUUUCCUCCAGACGUGACGCUUGGCAUUCAGGCUAAAGAGUUCAAUCUUGGUUUCAUCAGACCAGAGAAUCUUGUUUCUCAUGGUCUGAGAGUCCUUUAAGGGCCUUUUGGUAAACUCCAAGCGGGAUGUUAUGUGCCUUUUACAGAGGAGUGGCUUCCGUCUGGCCACCCUACCAUAAAGGCCUGAUUGCUGGAGUGCUGCAGAGAUCGUUGUCCUUCUGGAAGUUUCUCUCAUCUCCAAGGAGGAAUUCUGGAUCUCUGUCAAAGUGACCAUCGGGUUCUUGGACAUUCCCUGACCAAGGCCCUUCUCCAUCGAUUGCUCAGUUUGGCCGGGCAGCCAGCUCUAGGAAGAUUCUUGGUGGUUCCAAACUUCUUCCAUUUAAUUGAUUGAUGGAGAUUGAUGGAGGCCACUGUGUUUUUGGGGACCUUCAAUGCUGCAGGCAUUUUUUCGUACUCUUCCCCAGAUCUGUGCCUCGACACAAUCCUUUUUCGGCGCUCUACGAACAAUUCCUUCAACCUCAUGGCUUGGUUUUUGCUUUGACAUGCACUGUGGGACCUUAUAUAGACAAGUGUGUGUCUUUCCAAAUCAUGCCCAAUCAAUUAAUUUCACCACAGGUGGACUCCAAUCAAGUUGUUGAAACAUCUCAAGGAUGAUCAAUGGAAACAAGAUGCACCUGAGCUCAGUUUCGAGUCUCAUAGCAAAGGGUCUGAAUACUUAUGUAAACAAGGUCUUUUUGUUUUUAUUUGUAAUAAAUUAGCAAGCAUUUCUAAAAAAAAAACUGUUUUUUCGCUUUGUUAUUAUUGUGUAUUGUGUGUAGAUUGAUGAUGAUUUUUUAAAUGUAAUCUAUUUUAGAAUAAGGCUAAAACGUAACAAAAUGCAGUAAAUGUCAAGGGGUCUGAAUACUUCCCGAAUGCGCUGUACAUGGAGACUGUUUUGUGACAAAAAUAAGGUGUUAAAUACGUACAAUUUUUUUUUAAAUGUUUCCUGACCUUUCUUAUAUCUCUCAGAUAUAGGACAGACACUUCAGAACAAACUUCGUUCAGAUUUUUUUUUGGGGGGGGGGGUGAAUCUGUUAUUCAAUGCAUUUGUAUGGGCUAAUAAUAGUAAGGCCAAAUAAAAUUGUUAAUCAAACUGGGUCGUGUUUUGGAGGACACAUGACUCUCGACCUUCGCCUCUCCCGAGUUUGUAGGGGAGUUGCAGCGAUGAGACACGACUAACUAUCAAUGGGCUUUCAUGAAAUUUGGGAGAAAAGGGGUAAAGCAUUUCUUUUUUUUUACAUUGGUCAUCAAUUUAUUUUUUAUAUAUAUAUUUUUAUACAUCAAGGGGUCUUAAAAUUAUAAUAAUUAAAAUGAAUAUGAAAUAACAAAACGAACCUUGGUAUGACCUUCUUAAAACAAUUCCAUAUACAGUAGCUUAGUAGAACCCCCCCAUUGAGCCCCUGGCCCAGGCAAUUCGACAUUCAAAAGAAGUUACACCAAUAUGCCUCAAUUCUACGGAUCAAAUCAUCUCAUUAUACGCUGAAGAUGUAGUUCAAUCCCUCCCAAAUGCUUUGAAGAUCAUAGACAAAUUCCACUCCAGCUCAAGUUAUAAAAUAAAUCUAACCAAAUCUGCCCUACUCCCCCUCAAGAAUCUGACAAGAGUACCCCAGCUCUACUUAUAGAAUCCCAAUCGUUUCCCAUUUUAAAUAUUUAGGAUUAGAUAUAUUUCCUUCUUUAGACAAAACCAUUGUCAAAACCUUCAACAGAAUGCUCAGUGAAGAUGCGGGAGGAGGUGUGCUUGGUAGGGUGGGAAGGGGUGGGAAAAAUGGUUUCUGGGUGGGGAGGGAGGAUGCAGGCGUGUGGAUAUGGACUGAGGGGGUGGGGGAAUGGGUUGGUGAGGGGGAACCUUUUUUGUUAAUUUUCCUCGCGUAAAAGGUUACAAAACUGUUGAUACACGUACUGUUCUUUAUCUUACAAAACUGUUGAUACUGUUCUUUAUGUAUGUAUGCGUUUCUCUGAUAGUUUUUUCUUCUUCUUUCGAGUGGCAUCCCACAGGUAAAAAAAAAUACGAAAGGCAAAUAUGAUAACUGAAUAUAUCUGAAUUGAUUUGACUUUGAAUGUUAUACCGGUACCUGUAACCCCCCUCUGAAAAAAUUACAAACAAAAUAAAAAACGUGUUAAAAAAAAGGAAGCAGAGGACGGACACAUGCCCUGAUCCACAUAUAUGGGAUUGCAGUCAAAAGAGUCAGCAGUUUUAAGUUCCUGGUGUCCACAUCACUGAGGACUUGACAUGGACCAACAGCACCAUUACUCUUGUCAACAGGGCGCAACAGCGUCUCUAACUCCUAAGACGGCUGACGAUAUUCCGCAUGCCAACCCAGCUCCUCUCCAAAUACUUCCGCUGCACCAUCGAGUGUCCUGAAUGGUUGCAUCACUGCCUGGUAAGGGAAUUCCUCCAUCCACUACAGUAAGACCCUCCAGCGUGGUGAAGACGGCCCAGUACAUCACUGGGACCGUGCUCCUGCCCAUCCAGGACAUCUACUUGAAACGGUGCCUGAAGAAGCACCGCAGCAUCAUCAAGGACACCACACACCACAGUGAAGAGCUGUUCACUCCCUUAUCGUCUGGCAGAUGGUAUCGGAGCAUGAGGUCUUAUACCAACAGACUCAGAGACAGUUUCUAUCUACAAGGCAUCAGACUGCUGAACACUUGAACUGGACUGACCACCUGCACUGACUCUCUGCACCUUAGCAAACAUGCACUCGCUCACAUACACAGCCACACAGAUACUGUAUACGCCGCGCACACACAAACACAAACACACACAUAUUCAUGCUACGCACACACACAUCCAACUGCUGCUACUAGGCUCUUAUUAUUGCUAAAUACUGCACAAUUUAAACACUUGCCCACCAAACCCCCCUUCCCCAAACAUGUGUAAAUAUUGGACUAUAAAUUGUGCCUUCCUGUACUAUAUUUAAGCUAAAAUAUUUCUUCUAUUCUACUGAGCCAUUUACUUUAUGUUCGAUAUUCUUAUCUUUUAUAAUUUCUUAUUGCUGUUGCAUUGUCGAGAAGGAACCUGCAAGGAAGCAUUUCGUUAGACGGUGUAUAUCAUGUUUAUCCUGUACAUACAACUAAUAAAACUUUAAACUAGA